CUUAAAUUAAAAAAAAAAAUAUCAAUAUCUCCAUCUAAAAAGCGAACAAAAAUCAAAAAUAAAAUUGACCUUAAUUUGUGAGGAUAAAAAAAUAUAAACGAGCAGUAAUUCAGGGUUUUCUUAACCCUUGUUUUUUUUCCUUCUACUUCCCUUUGUGCGGGAAAAGAAAUCGUAACGUACGGACGCACAUGGUGUUUGGUUGUAGGCUCUGUAUUUAGCUUCGUGUGAAGGGCUCCUUUACAUUCGGGCAUCCAUGCAGUCUUCAUAUUUGAUGAAAGGGGAAGAAGAAGAAGAGCAAGUGAUGCAAAGUAGUUCUCAAAGUGAAAGCUUAAUAAGAGUGGUGUUUUCUUGGUCCAUUCAGGAUGUACUCAACAGAGACCUUUACAAAGACAGGGUGAAGAAAAUCCCAAAGGAAUUCUUGUCAACAGCUCAUUAUGCGAACUCAUUUGUUUUCCCUCUAAUUGAGGAAACACAUGCUGACUUGUGUUCAAGCUUGACAAUGGUGUCAAAGGCAUCAGCAGUUGAAAUACUAGCGAUUAGUAUCUCUAAAGACUACAAUCCUCCCUAUGACUUGCUCUAUAAUAUCAAAAUGCAAAAACUGGGAGAUUCUGAGAGUGAUAGAGAAAUGUAUGAACCAGAUACUGGGGAUCUCAUAGCUUUGACAGAUGUAAGGCCGACAUGCAUUGAUGAUUUGAGCAGGCAAAGAUCCUAUCUUAUUGCUUUAGUUCGAAAGGCGAGAAAGAAUAUUAAAGAUGAAAGUUUUGAUGAGAUUCAAGUAUUAUCAUCAAAGCCCAUUGAAUUUGAACAAAACAUGCAAAAGAAUAAGAAAAGAACAAUUCGUUUUGCUGUUUUUCUUAUAAACAUGGCAACAAAUAUUCGUAUAUGGAAAGCACUGACAUCAGGAGAAGGUGGGAAAAACAUGAACAUUAUCAAGAAAGUGCUGCAAGCAGAUUCCACUGUGGGGGAAAACUGUAAUCUUUGUUUCCCAAGAGAAAAAUACAGUGUUGUUGUGUCCUCUCUAGGUGCUGUUAUUCGCUCAUUUAGUUUAAACAACACCCAAGAAGAGGCAGUUCUAAACUGUAUAGCUGCACGGGAAUGCCAUCACAAGAAUACAGUGAAACUAAUAUGGGGCCCUCCUGGGACUGGGAAAACAAUGACUGUAGGUUCAUUAUUAUUUGCCCUUCUAAAGAGGAACUGCAGAACGCUCACUUGUGCUCCAACUAAUGUGGCUGUAUUGGAAGUGACAACACGGCUUUUGAGGUUAGUAAUGGAUUCCUUUGAAUAUCGCAGUUAUGGUCUUGGAGAUAUAGUUUUGUUUGGGAAUGAAGAACGGAUGAAGAUUUAUGAUCGGGAUGACCUUCUUGAUGUAUUCCUUGAUUACCGUGCCCAUAUUCUUUCUGAAUGUUUUGCACCACUUUCUGGGUGGAGACAUUGCUUAAAAUCUAUGAUAUGCUUGCUUGAAGACCCUGAACAGCUAUACCAUGAUUACUUGAAAAUCCAAGAAAAGGUUGAUGAGAUAGACUAUCAUGAUUACAUGGAGGUGCAGGGGGAAGGAUUACUUGGAGAUGGAAACCUGCAGAGUAAUAAAAAAAGCGAGGACAUAAAUGCUCAAGAUUUGAAAAACCAGAACCCGAGUAUUUGGAAGAGGAUUAUUACUCAAACCUUAAAAGAAAAUAAGAGCAAGAAGAAAUGGAAGGAGAAGGUGCAAUGCCAUAUGGAUAACCAAUCAAAAUAUGUAAAAACAGAGAAGGGGUUUCCUUCUAAAGAUAGUGAAAUUAAAAAAAUGACCUUUUCAGACUUCAUCAAGCAGAAAUACAAUUUCUUGAGAAAGAAGAUGGUGACAUUUAUUGUUAAUAUGUAUACCCAUUUGCCAACUUGUUUCAUAUCAUUACAAGUGGUGAAAAAAAUGAUAAAAUUGCUUGGUUGGCUCGAAUGCCUUGCAACUAUGUUAAGAAGUGUUUCUGUUACUGAUGAAGGAUUAAAAGAAGCCCUUUCUGGGAACUUUAAGCUUUGUAUGACCAUAAGGGAGUGCCUUCAAAUACUUUUAUCACUUCGUGACACAUUUCCUCUUCCGGAUUUCUUCAAUGAGUAUGCAAUUAAAAGUUUUUGUCUGAGAAAUGCCCGCAUGCUUUUUUGCACAGCUUCAAGCUCAGCUAAAUUGCACCAGGAAGGUAUUGAUACACUGGAAAUGUUAAUUAUUGAUGAAGCUGCCCAGCUCAAGGAAUGUGAAUCAAUGAUCCCUUUACAACUCCCCGGUCUCCACCAUAUUGUAUUAAUAGGGGAUGAGUGUCAGCUGCCUGCAAUGAUCAGAAGCAAGAUUUCUGAUAAGGCGGGAUUUGGAAGAAGUUUGUUUGAGAGGCUGGUUUUAUUGGGUCACCAAAAGUGCCUUCUCAAUGUUCAAUAUAGAAUGCAUCCUUCGAUAAGCUUGUUUCCAAAUAAGGAGUUUUAUAACAACCAGAUUUUGGAUUCUCCAAUAGUCAAAGAAAGAAGCUACGAGAAGUGUUUCCUUCAAGGAAAUAUGUAUGGUGCUUACUCUAUACUGAAUGUUGCUUAUGGACAAGAUGAAUUUGAUGAUGGGCACAGUAGAAAAAAUAUGGUGGAGGUAGCUGUGGUUGCUAAGAUGGUCGCAAACCUUUUCAAAGAAUCUAUUGCCAAAAAAUGGAGAGUUAGUGUUGGUGUUAUAUCACCAUACAAGGCUCAAGUUUUUGCCAUUCAAGAGAAGCUUGAAAAGACAUACAGUAUGGAGGCCAAAAGUGAUUUUUCUGUGAGGGUUCGCUCAGUUGAUGGUUUUCAAGGGGGUGAGGAAGAUGUGAUAAUAAUCUCCACUGUCAGAAGCAAUGAGAUUGGGUCUGUGGGAUUUCUUUCCAAUCCUCAGAGAACUAAUGUGGCCCUGACCCGAGCAAGGUAUUGCCUUUGGAUAGUGGGGAAUGGAGUCACAUUAGUCAACAGUGACUCUGUUUGGGAAAGAUUAGUUAUUGAUGCCAAGGCAAGGGGAUGUUUCCACAAUGCUGAUGAGGAUGAGAGUUUGGCUGAGGCUAUUACAGCUGCCUUGGUUGAUCAAGUUUCGAUCUCAUGUUCAGUUGAUCGGAAUGAUGCAAGGAAGAGUAAUCCACUCAAAUCUGAUCCUAUGCAGUUAUUAGUUGACCAAUUGGCUUUACUCACUCUGAAGGAUGAAUGAAUGAAUCAGAAGCAUCAGCCACAUGUUACAGGUGCCUGCCAGAUUUUAAUUUCGAGGUGUUGUUUGGCAUCACAAUGUGUAUCCGUGCUUUUGGGAAAAAAAUUAUGGAAGUGUGAUCCAUGUCUUGGUAAUUUCGAUGCGUAUCCUGGAUAGUCUCACCAAAUUAAAAGAAGCAACUACUAUUUUGCCUUUACAUGUUGUGAAAGAAAAAUUGAAUCAUACAUAAUACGUAUAUACCACUACAUUGUAGGUUGUGUGUUUCAUCCAUGUUUAUAUGAGUGAAAAAGACUGUGUAGAGCUUCUUGAUUUUAUUAAAUAUUCGAGCAAAUGCGCGCUCACAUGGUCCUUGGACAGUGUGGGUCUUA